AUCUCGGGAUGCCUCAGUCACGAGUGUGCUCUACUCUAAUGACACGUCUAGGGAAGUACACUGAAGUCGUGUGUGUGUGACUCUGAUGUCUGUGGCAAAGGGAGAUGGGAUGUGGUGCUACCAAACCCCAAGCCAGAGACCUGCAGCCGAACAGAUGCGACAAAGCAAACAUUUCAGUUCCAGCUAUGCGGGCCGCGUUACUCAUCCAGCGCUGGUACCGGCAGUACGUGGCCCGCUUGGAGAUGAGGCGCCGGUGCACAUGGAACAUUUUUCAGUCCAUCGAGUAUGCAGGAGAGCAGGAUCAAAUCAAGCUGUACAAUUUCUUUGGCUAUCUUAUGGAUCACUUCACUCCUGCAAGCAAUGAAAGGAAGCUGAUUUCCCACAUAUUCCGGGAGACUGAGGUUUUCCUGGACACAGAAUGGGAGCGCUACUUCUGCUACAAGGACAUCACGGUGCCGGAUGUUUACACCGGGCCUCAUCUCACGUUUCCUCUGAGUGUCAGCACGGUCACUGAUCUAGUCGAGGCCUUCAAACUAAAACAACAGCUCCAUUCUCGAUACGUCCUCCAGCUCCUUGGGGAAACCUGGAGAUUGCUCCGGGUUCUGCCGAACAUUAAUGUGGUGUCUACUCGCCACAGCAAGGAGAUCACCAUCUGCGGAGAUUUGCACGGACAACUCGAAGACCUCCUGCUGGUGUUUUAUAAGAAUGGCUUGCCAUCGGUGGAGACGCCGUACGUCUUCAACGGAGAUUUUGUGGACCGAGGGAAGGACUCCAUUGAGAUUCUGCUGAUCCUGUUUGCCUUCCAGCUGCUGUAUCCCAACGACAUCCAUCUCAACAGGGGAAACCACGAAGACUACAUUGUGAAUCUGAGGUACGGCUUCACAAAGGAGGUUCUUGGGAAGUACAGGGUUCACGGGAAGAAGAUCCUAAAGCUGCUCCAGAAGAUAUUUAGUUGGUUGCCCUUGGCAACCGUAAUCAACCAAAAAGUUCUGAUUUUGCACGGUGGGAUCUCAGACACCACUGAUCUCCAAAUCGUUGCCAAACUGGAAAGACACAGAUACGUCUCAGCACUGAGGCCCCCGAAGCGUCUUAGGCAGAUCCCGAAGCCCUCAGACCGAGACGAGGAUCACUCGAGCACCUCCUCCAGGAAACGAGUGCGCUCUUUGACGUACGAGCGGCGACCCCUGCAGACCUACUACAGUCGCGCGAGCCCCUCUGUAGAGGAAGAGCUUCAGGAAAGGAGGAGGUGGGCGGGGCUCAGCACGUCCUGCGACAGGCUUCACUUCUUUUCUUCGGACUCGGACCCCGACUCGGUGGAAGCUCCAGAGACGGACACUGAGAAGUGGAAGCAGAUAGUGGAUCUGCUAUGGAGUGACCCGAUGCCGCAGGAUGGCUGCGUCCCGAACGAGGUGCGAGGAGGUGGGUGUUAUUGGGGCCCGGAUGUCACGCGUGAAGUCCUCGACCGCCACAACCUGCAGCUGCUUAUCCGAUCACACGAGUGCAAACAGGACGGCUAUGAGUUCUGCCAUGACCGCAGGGUGCUGACCAUCUUCUCUGCAUCUAACUAUUAUGAAGUGGGCAGCAACAGAGGAGCUUAUAUACGAUUAGGACCAGAUUUGAACCCUCAUGUCAUCCAGUACCAGGCUAGCAGAUCCACCAGAGAACUGACGCUAAGACAAAGUGUUGGACGGACGGAGCGUUCGGCUCUCCUGGCCUUGAGAGAACAGCUCUUUGCACACAAAUCAGACCUCAUCAGUGCCUUCCAGGAGUAUGACCCCGAGCACACAGGUGUGAUCUCCAUGAAGCACUGGGCUGCUGCGAUGGAGUCGGUGUUGCGACUCGGCCUGCCGUGGAGAGUCCUGCGAUCCCAGCUGGUGGGCUGCAACUCACAGGACGGCACGCUCAACUACCACAAGUGGUUCAGAGAGCUCGACAUCACCGAGCCCAACAACGAGCUCGCUCAUACGGGGCUCCUGGAGACCAUGUACAGACACCACUCCAACCUGGAGACAAUCUUCAGAAUCAUAGACACCGAUCACUCAGGACUCAUCUCACUGGAGGAGUUCCAUCAGACCUGGAAGCUGCUGAGCUCCCACCUGAAGAUGGAGAUCAGCGACGAUGCCAUAUCAGACCUGGCCACCAGCAUCGACUUCAACAAGGACGGCAGCAUCGACAUCAACGAGUUCAUGGAGGCCUUCAGGCUGGUCGAGAGCACGGUCGGAGCGGUGACCUCUGACCUUUUACGACCUAAAAGCCCCUGACCAGGUGCAGUCGGGAUUUAAGUAUUCGGUUUAAAUCCUGAUCAAUCUCUAAUUUAAAACAUGAAUUUGUGGACAGCGAGGACCUGCUUAAAGACUGAUUCAGACUAUACAUCCGAUUAUACGAGAACACAAUAAAUAAGAAGAAUACCGAGCGAUGCGGUUAUUGUCUUGGCCUUGCACAUCUAUCUAUAAAAAAACUUUUUUGAAAA